GCAGGACCAACUUCCGUUUCCGCUUUGUCCUACGGACUGAUGUGUAUGUAUUGUGCACUUGAAAUGUUCAGGUUUCCCUCUUAUUAUUAAUGCUCAUGAGCAGAUUCAGUGAAGUGUAGCUAAUGAUACAUGUGAGUGGAGUGAGCUGUUUAGUAUUUAGCUUUCUGUUAGAACAGUAAUAACCAUCCAUCAUCCUAACAGAGGAAAUGGCAGGACUGGCUCGAGUCCUGAUGUCUGUUACUGCUUUGGCUAAGAAUCUGGCAGAAGGCACAUCAUCGCCGAUGUACAUGGUUUGUCGGAGCAAAUUUACAAGGUCUCGGAUUCCUCCACAGGUAUUUCAUGAGCGUUCGAAGGAACAUGAAAUGUACGGUGGUGAUCCAGAGCAGCCACACAAACUCCACAUAGUGACCCGGGUCAAGAGCACAAAGGGACGACCUUACUGGGAAAAAAAGGUGGUGAAGAGUUUGGGGUUACUAAAGGCACAUGAGCCCCGACUGCAUAAGAACAUACUCUCAGUGAAUAACCAACUGAAAAUCAUAAAACACCUGGUUAGGAUCCAACCGCUGAAACUUCCUAAUGGACUACCUUCAGAAGAAGAAAUGGCAGGUUCAUAUCUAAACAGUAAAGGAGAGCUGGUACUAAAACAUCUUCAAAUGUCAGCAGCACAGAAAGCCAUGGAGUCAUAAUUCAUCUCCUGUAUAUCUGUCUUGUUGUUGCUGUUUAUUAAACAUUGAAAACUUAAUUUUUCUUUCAAAACAUUUUGUUGUAAAAUAUUUAUCCUGUUAGAUUGUGAAAGAGUAAUGGAUCCAAUAGGUUACACUGUGUCAGCGAUUACAGGACCCAAAAUAAUUAACACUGUUUUGAGUUGAACUAAAUUAAGAGAACUUGUCUACCAGUCAAUCCACUUUAUAUUGAGAGGAGUAAAACAGAGGACAAGUUGCACAUUGACCAGUGAUGAGCAGAGUUUCUUUUAAUGAGAAUUCAUUUUGUGCUGUAAAAAAUAAAGAAAAAUCAAAAAGUUUU